GGGUCCGGAGCUGAACCCCCAAAGCUAGCGGAGCUUACUUGGAGACCCUUUUUGGGGUUAGGUGAAACGGGGAGAAUUUUAUAUCUGUGGAAGUAGGAGGUAAACAGGUUGCCUGGGUUUCCGCAUACUUAGAGACCUUCCCUGUCCGUGCUAUCUUUCCCCCUUAAAAGGUCCUACUCAGCGCAGUAGGGAUCGAGUCCUUGUGACUUCUCUUGCACGUCCUCGCCAGAGAAGCUUGAGGAGUCGGCCUUGCUCCGCCCAUCUUCCCUGGGAAGUCCUCCAGUGCCCGCUCCCAUGGCGACGCUGCUGCGCGGGGUCCUGCGCCCCCUCCGCGCCUUCCGAAGCCGUCCCAGGCCCGCUGCAGAUGUGCCCCUUCGAGCCACGAGCCAUGGCGCCGGCCUGCUCUACCCCGAACACAUCCCCACCUCCCCGCUGCAGAAGGCGCUGCUGGCCGCGGGCUCUGCUGGAAUGGCGCUCUAUGACCCGUAUCGCCACGACAUGGUUGCAGUUCUGGGGGAGACCACAGGAUGCCGUACCCUGAAGGUCCUCAGGGACCAGAUGAGGAGGGAUCCAGAGGGUGCCCAGAUCCUGCAGGAGCGUCCCCGGAUCUCGCUGUCCACUCUUGACCUGGGCAAGCUCCGGAGUCUGCCUGAGGGCUCUCUUGGACGCGAGUAUCUCCGUUUCCUGGAUGUGAAUGAGCCUGCAAGCACUGGUCUCGAAGCUGAUCCCAUGGGCAGUUCAGAAUGCGCGCAGAGCCCCGUGUGUCCUCAACCUGUACUACGAGCGGCGCUGGGAGCAGCCCCUGAAGGCUCUACGGCAGGAGCUGAGCAUCACAGGGCCCCCCAUGCACAUCCAGGGCCCAGCCUAGGCCCUGCGCCCCUGAGCCGGAGGGCCUGGCCUGGCUCCCCACCCCCCACCCCUGCUUCCUCUGGGGGUGAAGCGCUCCUUUGCCAUCACCUUUGUUCCUUUUCUUUGAACACUGACCCUUGGACAUCACUAAUCAUAAUUUAUCAUAACCACUGCUCAGUGGCUUUGAGGGCCAACUCGGGAGGGAGCAGGCAGCGGUGGAGCUCCUAAGGGAGCCAGGAGCUGCCCAAAGAGAACUGAAACAGGAGGGAAGGGGGCAGGGCACAACCUUUGAAAGAACAACAAAGCCCGAGGACAUGACAUAAACUGAUUAAAACCAAAUGGGUCCAAGGUGGCGGACUCGUCAACUUCCACUAGUCCUUGAGCCUCAGUAUAUGCUCACUGCAACACGUCAGCAAGCUAAAUGACGCACCCACAGGCGCCAUGACAGUUCCAAGGAUCCACAACGAUCAAAAAGUGGGCUGUGGCCCAAUUCCUGGAAAUCCCCGCCCCUUUCCCCCCAAAAAUAGCUGGAACACUCCUCCCACUCAUUACCUAUGAAAUUACCCACCCCUGUAAAAACUGACAACCCCCAUACCCUGGUGCCUCUCUCACCUUCUGAGAUGCCCACACUCUGUCUGUGGAGAGCGUUUCUCUCUAAAUAAAUCCACUUCUUACCUAUCA